UAGAAACCAAUUUUAAGCUUUUAUCGUAUAUUUAUACAAGGAGUAUUUGUAAAAAGUCAUGAGGAAAUAUUGCUUCUUCGUGUAAAACUGUUUGAGAUAUAACAUCGCAUGUUUGCACAGCAACAUGGCUGCUGUGCUACUCUCCAAUGCAGAGCAAUGCGGGAUCGUCAAUCCUUGUCCGGAGUUUCUCAGUUUUCCCGCACGAAGCCUCCAAAACCAGUUCGGACUCAGGCUAUCACUCCUGUAUAUCCUUAAGUGUCUGGCAGGGGAAUCGUGAGUGAAUAUGCGGCCCCGGUAGUGCCUCCAAGUAAUAUGGUAGCAGAACACGUAAGGAGCAUACCAACGUGAUUCUGUUUUCCCAUCAAAUGUACGAUUAUAGGACCAUAACGUUCCGAUAAAACAGAAAAGAAUGACGGUACAGGGUAGCGGUAGAAGAGAAGGGGAGGAGAGAUUGCGGUAAAGAAAAAGUUUCCGAAGGAUGUAAAUUGGCAACCGGAAACGCAAAUAAAAAGAAAGGGGAAGCUGGUGUACGGGAGAGAUGGGAGCGUUAACGCGGGCGGGUCUGCUCGCUCUCGGCCAUCAGCUCCCGGGACACGAGCAAGCCGAGCGUUUGCUCCCUCGUGAUAACGUCACUUGGAGCAUGUGUAGUAGACGGCGAGCAUUCGCGACUUAGUUCGAUACCGAACGCCGAGGCGUUCGGAUUGUCCAAAAGCGUUCGUGUUUUUUUUCAUUUUCAUCAUUUCCGCUUUGUCACGCGUAUUUUAUUCGUUUCACAUUCAAAAUCGGUACCGUUCGAAACACCAAAACGUGACUUGGUCGUUGGUUAGUCACGAUAUGCGUAUUUUCAAAACGUCUUCGGCAUCGCGCAUCCCCUUCUGGUACAUACGUAAGCAAAAGAAGAGGGAACUAUUUCAUCGGUGUUGUUUCUCGCGGACGGACAAACGGUAAGACGGCAUGCAGAGUCAAGCGUUAGCUCUUAAUUACGUACGUAGAUAUACGUGUACACUGCACGUACACAUAUACCGUGUUAAUGUCCCGCCGCGCGAAGCAUUCGAGUUAUAUCAGCUUUAACUCGCGAGGACCGACUGAUUCCUCGUUUUCUAACGAGCCGUGUAAUUGAAUAAGAGUGCCAAUUAACCUUUUCCAUCCGGAAGAUAGAAUUUUCUCCGUUCGUUGCGUUUUUUAAUCUUACGGAAAAUUAAUUGAACCGAGCGAUUUGGAUAAUUGCGUGACCUACGUAAGAAGAUAUUUGUAAACGUGAAAAGCCGAUCACCGUUCACCAUUCAGUUUUAUCCAUAAAAUUAUUAUUGUUCAACGAUCGAGUAACUCGACGUUACAUAAAUUAAGAUUUUGUCAUCUUCUCGUCAGUAAUAGUACGGAGCGAACGAAUCAACUUCAUCAUUGAUAAAUAUCGAUCGAAUCGCGAUCAAAAAUUGAUCGUAAACGCUGGAUGUUUUUUCGCUGGAACAGGCGAUUCUUUGUCCGCUUUGUUUUUGCGGUUCAUCGAUUCAUUUGGUUUUUGUUCUCGGUGAAACUUUUGAACACCUACAUAAUUUGAGUUAUCUAAAUUUCCCGAUUCGUUGGCUCGCGAUCGCAAAGCGGUUUCAUGAAUAUAAAAUCGCGCAACAGCAGCUACAAAAGAUCGUUGAAAAAUAUUUUUAGUAACGGUGAAUAUUAAAUGUAGCGGAAAAUGUUUACAGCAACUUAAUUUACCGUAAUGAGAUUACGUAGACCUUUUUGUACGAAAAGAUCGUGCACGCUCUAGUAACUGGUGCUUGGCGCUCGCUGCCCGGUUUAUCCUGCGUCGUUCCGGACUUCCGCGCGCGUUCAAUCGAUCUUGUCAUAAAUAAAACCUGUAUGUGGCGAACAAACUAUCUGAUUCUGGCAAGAUGUAUUCGAAAGGAAUCGAUGAUUUCUUCAGCCGCAUACGAAAACGCAUCGAGCGUAACAUGGAACGUUCCGACGAAUGCAAGAAGAGAAACUAAAGAGUUUAAAACGCGCGCUGGCUACAGACAUCUAGAUGUUUACGAUACGUGUUAUCCGAUGGGACCAAUACAUACGUACGUUGGUUCGCGCAUACCGAAUCGGUCUCGUACGUACGCGAUCGAACAUCGAAAACUUUCUUUUUCAAAAUAAAAGGGGAGGAGAUACAGGAGAAAGGGUGGGUAAAAAAAGACAGAGAAGAAAAAGUUCGAGUUCACGUUUACCUCUUUGCAAACACGGAUGUUUGUUUAAUUUAAGAGUUCCAUUUAGAGGAGUACGUUGCUCUAGGUAAAACGUAGGAGUCUCGUAUCGUUAAGUAGAUACGCGUACUUUGCGAUGAUCGGUUUUUCCAUACUUGAAACCGUUUCGUUAGCAUCGAACAGUAUUCACGACCUGUCUCGUCGGCGAGUCCUUGCGGUUUUUACAAACUGUCUCGCGUUUUGUCGCAAGCAGCAAGGAUAGCGGCAGAAGACGAAUACGGAGACAAAUAGAUACGGGUCAAUAGACUAGCGAACCAGAAGAAGCGUGGGCGAAAACGAGUUAGAGAGAGGGAGGGAGCGAGCGGUAAACAGGGUUGCAGGCACAUGGCCGGAAACUCUUUCCGCUGGCUCUGGUCGUGGAUCUCGAUGCUGAUCCUGCCCGGCUAUUUGCUUCCUUUGAAUAGCGAACAAACUCCGUGCGUUUCUUACGUGACAGCUACAACCGAAGCCAGCGAUGACCAAUCUCAAAAAGAAAUAAUGGUUUUUCUACGAAAUUAUUGCGACGACGCUCAGACGAAUUCGACGGAUAUCCAAGAUUAUUUGGAUCGAUCUAACUUCGACGUACAAAUCACUAUUAUACCCUCGUCUCUGUCGUGCGAAACGAGAACCUGGGGUCUCGAUGCUCUGUUACACGUUUUUGGAGAAAGAAGAGUCAAAGCUCUGGUAGCCGCGCUCGACACGCCAAUGUGCGAAGUUACCGCUAAACUCGCGCGCCUUUGGAAUGUACCACUUUUCACAUGGACGUGUCCCUUGACAAACUUGGAAGAAAAGGAAUUCUCGUCGAUCGUUAGAUUAUCUCCGUCGUUACCGAUGAUAACGAAAGCCUUGGCAGAGACGUUGCUUCAUUUACGAUGGAAAAGCGUGAUGGUAAUAGGAACAGAUCGUGAACCAUGGUUAAGUCUAGAUAGAGCACUGUUGAAUUCUCUUCGAAACAUAGGAGCUAAAUUGCGGUAUCGCGCGAUAGUACCGUACGGAGCAUCUUUCGAAGAGAUUCGACAAAUUCUUCGUCCCGCGUACAACGUUUCUCACAGAGUUACCAUAUUAUGCCUUCCCACGUCCGACGAGAACGACUUGACGUCUCGCGUCCUCGUCGAGUUGGAUGUCGCGCAGCAGUCUUCCGAAUCCACGUGGAACCCUAUGAUCGUGAUCGUGCAUAUCGAGGACGACGAUCUCUUCCUACCGAACAGAAAUUCUUCGGCUCGUGAUCCUGAGGUGGUCGCGACCACUACGUUUGCGACAAACUUGUUUUCUUUCAAUUAUUCCGCGUUGAACGAGUCGCAGGAACAAUUCUUUGUUAACGAUAGCGAGACUGGUGAGAUAGAGCAAACUACCGAGGAAGAAAAACGGCCGGAUGGCAACGAAGAAAGGGAAGAAGAAUACGAAGAAAAAGAAGGGAAUGAAGAGGAAGAGGAGGAAGAAGAAGAAGAGCAAGAAGAAGAACAGGAACAUCAGCAAGAACCACGUCGACGAAGACGGCGGAGGCGACGACGACGUCGGCGACUAUUGCAGCAAAAAUUACGGGAAUCGUCGCAGGAGCGAAACAACGAACGCCGUUUCUUUCCGCCAAAGAAUUUAAGUUCCGCUUUCUUAGAAAGACUGCUGACGAUCACGCCUCUCGAUUAUAGAUACGAUGCGGAGAAGUUGUACGACGGCAUAGAGGAGUACACGGUGCCGACGUUGAUGGAUCGUUUGAACGAGACUUUCAACAUCUUAAUAUACGACGACAACUCGAGUAUAAAUGGCUUUAAUAAUAAAAUAUAUACGUACGUUUUGCUGGAUUGGCGCGACGAUGUUUGGAAACCUAUCAUGAUCACUAUCGAGGGACGAGAAAAGUUAUUUGUCCGAAGAUUAUCUACGAACGCCGUCGCGUUUCGCGAUGAGAAGGAUACUGAUCUUUUCAAAUGUAACACGGACGCUGAUACCUACGCUGCUAUCGAUUGCGCGGAGAAUACUUCGAACGAAUCAGCAUUUCGUAUCGCGCAUAUCGUGACCGUCGUUCUGGGAUCGAUAUUGUUAACCGUGGUCACGAUACUGAUAGCACUUCUAAUUAGGAGGAAGCUGCUUAAAAGAAGGAUGUCCAAAGGCCCGUACAAGAUCAUAUUAACCACGUCGGAUUUCGUAUUUCCACAGGUUCCUCCUCAGCUGGAUGCUAGAAGGGUGGACGAGGGUAUUGAAACGAUGCUGUGCUGUUGGUUACAACAGCUUCAAGAAUUUGGUGGACCCGAAGUGGAGAAGCCGGAUCUACUCCAGUUGGGAAGCGUAUCCUCGUUGAAACCAUGUUUAAGAGCUAGCCAAGGAAACUUGGCGCGUCAUGGAUUCUUGAAGGACCCGCGUGCCAGAUACAACGGUGACUUGGUGCAAUUGAAAGAACUGCCAGUACAAAGUACCUUCGAGCUGAAGAGCAAGGCUAUGGAUGUGCUGGUGAUGAUUCACGGGCUACGUCACGAAAAUCUGAAUCCUCUGAUAGGAUGUCUGAACGAGCCUUCGAGACCUUGUCUCGUUUACGAGUAUUGUUCGAGGGGAUCUUUGGAAGAUGUGCUGGUGCAGGACGAGAUCAAGCUCGAUUGGUCCUUCAGACUCUCUUUGCUUACCGAUCUUGUGCGAGGUAUGAGAUAUCUUCAUGGUACGCCAGUGCGAGUACACGGUUACCUUACUUCGCGAAACUGCGUAAUCGACGCUCGUUGGGUUCUCAAAGUGACCGAUUACGGACUACCUGCUUUUUACGAAGCGCAAAACAUCGUAACUCCACCGAAAACCGCCCGUGAUCUGUUAUGGACGGCACCCGAGUUAUUGAGACAUCCAAAUUUGCGAAAAAAAGGAACCCAAGCCGGAGACGUUUACAGUUUUGGCAUUAUCAUGCAAGAGGUGGUAGUUCGUGGAGAACCGUUCUGCAUGCUGUCCUUGUCACCAGAAGAAAUAAUCGAAAAAGUGAUGAAGCCGCCACCGUUGAUUAGACCUUCGGUAAGCAAAGGUGCCGCGCCUCCCGAAGCGAUACACAUCAUGCGUCAAUGUUGGGCCGAAGCGGCCGACAUGAGACCCGACUUCGACGACGUUCACGAUCUUUUCAAGAAACUCAACCACGGAAGGAAGGUUAAUUUUGUCGAUACGAUGUUUCAAAUGCUGGAAAAGUAUUCGAACAACUUGGAGGAACUUAUACGCGAACGUACGGAGCAACUGGACAUGGAAAAGAAAAAGACGGAACAACUGUUGAAUCGAAUGCUGCCGAGUUCGGUCGCUGAAAAAUUGAAAUUGGGCAUGCCCGUCGAUCCCGAAGAGUUUCGAGAAGUGACAAUUUACUUUUCGGAUAUUGUCGGAUUCACCACCAUUUCCGCACGAUCGACUCCGUUCCAAGUGGUCGAUCUACUAAACGAUCUGUAUACCUGCUUCGACGCGACUAUCAACGCGUACACCGUCUACAAGGUUGAAACUAUAGGAGACGCUUACAUGGUCGUAGGUGGGUGUCCGGUAAGGAUACCUGAUCAUGCUUCGCAAAUAGCUACGAUGGCGCUCGAUUUAUUACAUCAGAGUGGAAAAUUCAAACUGAAGCACUUGCCGAAUACUCAGCUGAGACUUCGGAUUGGUCUCCACACCGGUCCAUGUUGUGCCGGUGUGGUCGGCUUAACAAUGCCAAGGUAUUGCUUGUUCGGUGAUACCGUUAAUACGGCGUCCAGAAUGGAGUCGACCGGCGCACCCUGGCGUAUACAUCUGAGCCAAGCGACCAGAGAUCGGCUUACUCAGGUGGGUGGAUAUCACAUCGAAUAUCGUGGUCCAACGGAGGUCAAAGGCAAAGGAAGAAUGCCCACCUAUUGGUUGCUAGGAAAGCAAGGUUUCGAUAAGGAGCUUCCAAAACCGCCACCUCUCGGAUUUUUAAUGCUUUUAUCUGUUGCCAUACUGCCGCCAUCUUCAGGGAAAACCAUGGGUAAGCUGAACGAAAGUUUAAUGAUAGAAGAUCCGAUCACCCUGGAUGAGACGACCAGGUCGUCGACAGACAAUUCUACGAAUGCGUCGCGCGAACAAACCAAGGGAGCGAUGGAAAGCAAAGAGAAGGUUGAUGGAACCGCGACCAAGAAUAACGAAGACAAUACGACGACAAGUAACGUAGCGGUAUCCGUUCACGAUACCGAACCGAUCACCUCGAAUACUUCUGCGAAAUCGCCUACGGAUUCAUCGUCGAAAGAUAAACCGAACGAAAGAGGAAAUGCAGCGAAGAUCAGUUCUGGCGAUAAUCAAGCGUCUCUCGGAGCAUCGAACGUAUUUUACACCGAUACGACGGUUCUCGGCGCGUCUACCACUUCGCUGGUAUCGAUUUCGAGCUCUGCGACGGUCCCUUAUAGGCCAGCUCCUGCGAGACACCGGAGAAUAGCUGGCUACAUAGACGAGAACGAUUUAAGCACGCCGUAUAAUCAUUACAGAUGUCUGUCUCCAAACGAACAUUACGGGAGAAGUACAGGCUCUCGCUUCUUGAAAAGACAGUUCAGUUUGGAUCGACCGGACGAUGCUAUUUGCGUUGGUUUUAUCGAGCAAGCCAAUUACCAACAACAACAGCAACAACGACAACAACAGCAACAGCAACGACAGCAAAAUUUGAAUACACCUAGACUGUUUAAACAGAACAGUGCUGGCGCAGCGAACGAUUUGGAGCGCAUCGAAGAAGUUCCUUCUACUCCGGCCCCUCUCUUGCAACAUUAUAGACAGGCUGCUUCGGUUUCUCUUUCCGUCGAAUCUUUGACGCUUCGUUGAGAAUGUCGCGUUCGUUUCGCUUUGAAAUAUCUUGAUGGUCGAGUCGAUCAACUUCGAGAUCCAGCAUGACGAAAACGAGACGUGCAUCGAGGAAACGUGAUAAGCAUCGUAUCGCCCUGUUUUGUAAAACGAGCAGGAACUCGUUGCAAAAAUCGCUCGAUGCGAAAACGAUAUUUUAUUUUUUCCUGUGUCUAUUCAUCACCGUUUCUUCUCUAUUUCUCGUGUCAUGGACGUAGAUCGACGCUCGAACACGAUUUAAUCGCGGCGUAUCCAAAAAUAUGCAAAAAAAGCAGUUUACAGGGAAAAUUACACCCGUUAUCGCGGAUGACAAUCUCUAUUACGUACAAACGUUUACGCGUAUACUCGGUUUUUCUUAAUCUAUUUUCUUUUACUUAAUUAUUAAAAGCGAAUAUCGCACACAUUCUCUCGGUCAGAUAUUUUUAUCACACAUAUUUCUUUCCGAACAAACUUGUGGCGAAAAUGAAUUUUCAUUCAUCCAUAGAUUUAAAAUAGGUACUCUUUCCUUUUUCGUUUCUUUCGUUUAGUAUUCGUUUCUAUAUUAGUAAUAUCGUACCAUCGCGUUCGGAUCAUAGACAAUAAUUCGAUAACUCAUCGUGAAGGGGAACACGAGGUUUUCUUUUUGCUUCGUUUCUCGUUCCCCCUCGCUGUACAAUUACGUGAAUUUUACGAAUAUAAUACAUAUAUCGAAACUAAUGAUAAGUACAUUGAUCGAUAUUGCGUGAUACGUAUAAAAUAUAUGCAAAAUAAAUUAUUAUUACGUUCGCGCGUAUAUACAUACAUGUAUACAACCGUACGGAAGACGAGACACGUGCCAACGUGAUUCUUAUGAUCAUGCAAUAAUUUGUGUGUUAAUUGUAUAAAUAAGUGUACAUAACCACGGAAUAUAUACGUACAUGAAGAAUUUACGAUGCGACGAGAUUUCAAUAAGUCUGUUUGUUUGUAUUCUCGUGAUAAAAUCGUCGUAUAGCGUUGAACACGCGCUUAAUAAAUAAUGUCGAGAUCGAUGAAACUCUCUCUAACUA